GGGCACAGCAGCCAGGCUGCCGGAGAGCUGAUCUCGGGGAUUCGGGUGCGGAGCCCUUGGCCUGGAGGCGAUAUGGGUGGUCCUUGGCCGGGUUCAGUCGUUUGCAGCCGCCUGGGGAACAGGCCUGUCUGGCCCUAAGGGAGCCCUCUUUCGAAGUGGUGGUGCUUGGACGACCUGCUCUCUGCUCUGCGUUGCUGGGCACCUGUAGGUGUCCCUCGAGAGCUCAGUUUUGAGGUUCAAGUCAGUGUGGCCAUGAAGGGGCUGCCUAUUGGGCUGAUGCUGUGACCCCGGAGUCUGCCUCUCCUGCCAGUACCCCUGCCCGGAACAUGUGGCUGCAGCUUGGCCUGCCCUCGCUGUCCCUGAGCCCCACGCCCACAGUUGGCCGGAGUCUGUGUCUCACGCUGUGGUUCCUCAGUUUGGUGCUGAGGGCCAGUACACAGGCCCCAGCACCCACAGUCAAUACUCACUUUGGGAAGCUAAGGGGUGCCAGAGUACCAUUGCCCAGUGAGAUCCUGGGUCCUGUGGACCAGUACCUGGGGGUACCCUACGCAGCUCCCCCGAUCGGCGAGAAACGCUUCCUGCCCCCUGAACCACCCCCAUCCUGGUCAGGCAUCCGGAACGCCACACACUUCCCCCCAGUGUGCCCCCAGAACAUCCACACAGCUGUGCCCGAAGUUAUGCUGCCAGUCUGGUUCACUGCCAACUUGGAUAUCGUCGCUACUUACAUCCAGGAGCCCAAUGAAGACUGCCUCUACUUGAAUGUCUAUGUGCCCACGGAAGAUGUAAAGCGGAUUUCCAAGGAAUGCGCCCGAAAGCCCAACAAGAAAAUUUGUAGGAAAGGAGGAUCCGGCGCUAAGAAACAGGGCGAGGACUUAGCGGAUAAUGACGGGGAUGAAGAUGAAGACAUCCGCGACAGUGGUGCUAAGCCUGUCAUGGUCUACAUCCACGGAGGUUCUUACAUGGAAGGGACAGGCAACAUGAUUGAUGGCAGCGUUCUCGCAAGUUAUGGCAACGUCAUCGUCAUCACCCUCAACUAUCGGGUCGGGGUGCUAGGUUUCCUGAGCACCGGGGAUCAGGCUGCCAAGGGCAACUAUGGGCUCCUUGACCAAAUCCAGGCCCUCCGCUGGGUGAGUGAGAAUAUUGCCUUCUUUGGAGGAGAUCCCCGUCGAAUCACAGUCUUUGGCUCGGGCAUUGGUGCAUCCUGUGUCAGCCUCCUCACACUGUCUCAUCAUUCUGAGGGGCUUUUCCAGAGGGCCAUCAUCCAAAGUGGCUCUGCUCUAUCUAGCUGGGCUGUGAACUACCAACCAGUGAAGUACACCAGUUUGCUGGCAGACAAAGUGGGCUGUAAUGUGCUGGACACCGUGGAUAUGGUGGAUUGUCUUCGACAAAAGAGCGCCAAGGAGCUGGUAGAACAGGACAUUCAACCAGCCCGCUACCAUGUGGCUUUUGGCCCUGUGAUUGAUGGUGAUGUCAUUCCUGAUGACCCUGAGAUCCUUAUGGAACAGGGAGAGUUCCUCAACUAUGAUAUCAUGCUAGGUGUCAACCAGGGUGAGGGUCUCAAGUUUGUAGAAGGGGUGGUAGACCCUGAGGAUGGUGUCUCAGGCACUGACUUUGACUACUCUGUCUCCAAUUUUGUGGACAAUCUGUAUGGCUACCCUGAGGGUAAGGACACCUUGCGGGAGACCAUCAAGUUUAUGUACACAGACUGGGCAGAUCGUGACAACCCUGAGACCCGCCGUAAAACCCUGGUGGCACUCUUCACUGACCACCAGUGGGUGGAACCUUCAGUGGUGACGGCUGAUCUGCAUGCCCGAUAUGGCUCACCUACCUACUUUUACGCCUUCUACCAUCACUGCCAGAGCCUCAUGAAGCCCGCGUGGUCAGAUGCAGCUCAUGGGGAUGAAGUGCCCUAUGUAUUUGGUGUCCCUAUGGUAGGUCCCACUGACCUUUUCCCCUGCAACUUCUCCAAGAAUGACGUUAUGCUCAGCGCUGUUGUUAUGACCUAUUGGACCAACUUUGCCAAGACUGGGGAUCCCAACAAGCCGGUACCCCAGGAUACCAAGUUCAUUCACACCAAGGCCAACCGCUUUGAGGAAGUGGCCUGGUCCAAAUACAAUCCCCGGGACCAGCUCUACCUUCACAUCGGGCUGAAACCAAGGGUUCGUGAUCAUUACCGAGCCACCAAGGUAGCCUUUUGGAAACACCUGGUGCCCCACCUGUACAACCUGCAUGACAUGUUCCACUAUACAUCCACGACCACCAAAGUGCCGCCCCCGGACACCACCCACAGCUCCCACAUCACUCGCAGGCCCAAUGGCAAGACCUGGAGCACCAAGCGGCCAGCCAUCUCACCCGCCUACAGCAAUGAGAAUGCCCCUGGGUCCUGGAAUGGGGACCAGGAUGCAGGGCCACUCCUGGUCGAGAACCCUCGAGACUACUCCACUGAACUAAGUGUCACCAUUGCCGUGGGGGCCUCCCUCCUGUUUCUCAAUGUGUUGGCCUUUGCUGCCCUUUAUUACCGUAAGGACAAACGGCGCCAGGAGCCCCUGAGGCAGCCUAGUCCCCAGAGGGGAACUGGUGCCCCUGAAUUGGGAACUGCUCCAGAGGAGGAGCUGGCAGCAUUACAGUUGGGGCCCACUCACCACGAAUGUGAGGCUGGCCCACCCCACGACACACUGCGCCUCACAGCAUUGCCCGACUAUACCCUGACCCUGCGGCGGUCCCCUGAUGACAUCCCACUCAUGACCCCCAACACCAUCACUAUGAUUCCCAACUCCCUGGUUGGGCUGCAGACCUUGCACCCCUAUAACACCUUUGCCGCGGGGUUCAACAGUACUGGGCUGCCCCACUCACACUCCACUACCCGUGUAUAGCUCUAGCGCGGAGCACAACCCAUCUCCCAGCCCCCUCCCUCCCAGCCCCACAAACACACAUGCACACACAUACACAUAUAUGUACACGCACGCACCCACACCCUACAGCAGACCCAUCUGCACAAACACAGACAGAUGUGGACAUGCACCCGCAUGUACAAAAACACAAAUCCAGAAGUGAACCUGAACAGGCCCUUCAAAUGGGGACACAUAUGAGUCCUUGGUACCAAGGGCCCAUGGAAUAGCAGCUGGAGCCAGCUCCCUGAACCCGACCAGACACUCCUGGGGCCCUGGAAAGCCACAGCCGGACACCCCCUUGGUGCUCGACUUCUUGGAACUGCACCGUCUACCAACUGCAGACUUGGGAGCUUUAAAGAGCAGGAUAGCUCUUCCUCCCCCAGACUUGGUCUUUUCUCUGGGUCUUGUUUUUGUUGAUUUUUAAAAAAAUUGGAACUAAUGUUUUUCCAGCCCAUUGAAUGCUAAGCAGCUCUGGAAGGGAGGGCUUGAAGAUCAGGACUCUCUGGUUCUGGGACUCCCAGUGUUGGUUCAAACGACCAGACCAAGGAAAAGGACCCUCCAAGACAGUAACAGAUGGGAGCAAGACUAUGGGGUGAAAGGAGGAAGAGGCUAGCAAUGGAUGGGGCUGGAGGGCCAUCAAGGACAGAGCACCAACUGGCUGUGGCCCUGUAGAGGACUGCAGCGUCAGCCUGGCUAGACCAGGGGAGCCUAGGUUCGGUAAACUAAGUACUGUGGAGGCCCGGAUCUUAUUGGACCUCUGGGUAUAUAAUCUGGGUUCUGCCACUGCCCUUGGGGAAAUGACAUCAGAAAUUUGCCCCCUUUUCUUUACAGUCUCUUUGUGUCUGUCAUUUCUCUUUCAAAACAGCGGUGGUUUUUGUUUUUUUGGUUAUUUUUGGUUUUUGGUUUUUGGCUUUUUUGGUUGUUGUUGGCUUUUUCUUUUCUUCUUCUUCUUCUUUUUUUUUUAAAGAAAAGUUCUUAAAACACUAAUGGAAACCCACGGAGUUUGUCCUUUGUAAAAAUUUUAAACACAGUGUCUUGAUAUAAAAAUAAAAAAUCCAGUUAGCACUCCCAACCUGCCUCCCGUGCACAGGCCUGCCCGAGCAACUCCUGGAGCCAGGCGCCUGCUCAGGCUGGAAGCGCAAUCCUCCAGCAGCCUGAGACCUCCUGCCUGGUAGCUCCUGCAAGUCUGGGCUGUGCUCUACUUGCCCUGGGCCCCCUGCCUAAAGCCUCUCUGAUGCUAAUCCAUGCUGCUCUACCACCCUCCUGCCCGCAGUGCUCAGAGUUCCUGCAGCUGAAACCUGUCAUCGCCUCGGGCCUCCUAAUGAAACAGCAAAAAUAAUACUUCCUUCCUCCUCUGCCACCAGGCCACCACCACUGCUGCCACCACCUCCUCCGAUGCCACCACUACCAUGGUCAUCACCCUGCCCCCAACUCGGACUGGGGGCUGGGGGAGGCUUGACCUCUGACCUGCUGAAAUUCUUUCUCCUUUGGAAAUGCAGUACACGUGGCCUCUGCCUCCAUUGACUUACAGAAGGGCCAAUCUCCUUCCCUCAAGGGAUGCAGGUUUCCUUUUCUGUGAAUUGGAAUGGCAGAAGUCAUCGGAGAUCAAUUUCUCUCGGGGACUGUCACUAGUGGCUCCCUGACAACUCUGGGGGAUGGAGUCAGGAAGAGGUCCCAUAGGGUUAGUUAGCAUCAUGGGGUUUUCUAUUGUCCUCUGUGACUCAAAGGGCUGAACUUGAAAUCUGUUCAUCAAGUGUGACAGUUGGGCAAGGUUGCUGAUACCUCAGAAGCCAGGAAUAGAAUUUGUUCAAAGUGACCCUGAGAAAAUCGGGAGAUGAGCCAUCCCACGGCAGACUGAUGUGCAGAGGGAGCAAGGGCGGGCAGUGCACACAAAGACCCAAAGCCAGGACUAAGAGGCUAAUGUCGUGUCUGGCACUGGAGCGGGGGCAAUGGUUAACAGAAGGGCUGGGAGAGGAGUGCGUUUUGAGUGAUUUCAUGAUUGGGAAAUAGCUUUGGGCCCUCUCUUCCUUCUUUUCUUUAUUCUGUUUGAAACAAAGAUACUAGCAUAUAGUAACAAAAACAUCAGGGAGGACCUGGGAAGUGAUCAUAGAGUGACUCUUAAAAAAUAAGUCACCCCAGAGGUGCAUAGUCCAGCCCACUUACACCUGGGAGGAGGAAUAGGAAAGGGAAGGUCAGGAGUUCGAGGUUAUCCUCAGCUACAUAGUGAACUUGAGGCAUGCCUGGAAUACCUGAGGCUCUGUCUUUUUUUUUCCGUGUGUGUGUGUGUGUGUGUGUGUGUGUGUGUGCCAUACAUAUGCAGGUGCCCUGGAGGCCAAAUGAGGGUAUCCAGUCUCUGGGAGCUGGAGUUACAGGUGUUUGCAAGCUGCCAGACAUGGGUGCUAGAAACCUAACUCAGGUUCUCUAGAGGAGCAGGAGGUGCUAAUCAGCCAUUCUUCCAUUCCCAAGACCCUGUCAAGAAAGAAAAACAAAGUAAAUGAAAAAGAGACCUAGAAUUUGACCCAAUAGUUUAUGAGCCUGUCAUCAGUGCCAUGGACUCUAGUCCUGCAGUGGUUAGGCACCCAAAGCAGCAGCAGCUCUAGCUUUGGUGAACACACUUCAAGUUGGUGGGGAAGCAGGAAAGCUCUGUAGAAAAGUGACAUCUCUAGGCCAAAGGCUCUGCUGAUGGGUUGCUUUGUUUGGUUUGAUUUUGAUUUCUUUUCUUUUUCUUUUCUUUUUCUUUUUUUUUCUUUCUUUCUUUUUUUUUUUUUGAGACAGGGUCUUACUAUGUAGCCCUGGCUGGCCUGAAACUUGCUGUGUAGACCAGGCUGGCCUGGAACUCACAGACAUCCACCUGUCUGUUUCUGGAGGGCUGGAAUUAAAGGUGUGCACCACCACAUCCAGCAAAAUGUUCUCUUUUUAAAGAUUUUAUUUUUUUUUAGAUUUAUUUAUUUUAUUUUAUAUGUAUGAAUGUUGUGCCUGUAUAUAUGGAUGUGCAACAUGUGUGUGCCUGAUGCCCAUGGAGGGCAGAAGAAGGGAUUGGAUCCCCUGCCUGGAACUGGAGUUACGAAUGAUUGUGAGCUACCACGUGGGUGCUGAGAACUGAACCCAGGUCCUCUGCAAGAGUAACAAGUGCUCUUAACUAUUGAGUCAUGUCUCCAACCCCGGAUUUUAGUUUCAUGUAUAUGUGUGUGCGCAUCAGAUCCCCUGGAGCAGUAGUUACAGGCAGCUAUCAAUCACAGGUCAAGUGUGCUAGGAACUGAACUCAAGCCCUCUGCAAUCAUAACACAUGCCCUUCGCCACUAAGUCAUCUCUCCAGCCCCCCCAGGUUGUUUUUUAUGUUUGUUUUGUUUUGUCUUGUCUUAUUUUGUUUGAGACAAGGUCUCUCUAUGUAGCCCUGGCUGUCCUGGAACUCACUCUGUAGACCAGGCUGGUCUUGAAUUUACAGAGAUCUGCCUGCCUCUGCUGCCGAGUGCCGGGAUUAAAGGCAGUGUGCACCACCAUGCCCGACCCUAGGUUGCUUUUUUUUUUACUAUAGAAAGAAGGAAACUGAUGAAGAACAUCCAAUGGUUUGCCAAAUACUAUGUAACAAGUGUGUUAUGAGCAUCUUUAAAAUGUGACUCCUGAAUAAAGACCGAGCUGUGUUCUUUUA